UUGCUAAACACGCAUAAUUAUUAUAUUUCUUUCGAUUUUGCGUGUUAUUAAUAAUACAGUGAUAAUCAGUGUGUAAUUAUAAAGUGCGACCAUUUAAAAAUCGGCAAGACAAAAAUCUCGUUGCAAGAUAAAUCUCGAAUAGAAGAAGUUUAAUAUCCUUAAAAAGACUGGGAAACUCAAUACUCUUUACUAUUAUUUCACUUCUGUUUAAAUCCGUUCAAUUAUUUAAUUUGUCUUAAUCACAAUUUAUAUCUCAGUAAAGACAAAAAUUGCAACAAAAAGAAGAAAAGUACAUACGAAUGAUAAAACAAAAACAAAAAGAAGAAGAAGAAGAAGAAAGAAGAUAAAACAAAUUUGUAACAUUUCAUUUUGUCAUUUGAAAAUAUCACAAAUCCAUAAAAGACAUUUGAGAGAUUAACUCACAUACGAGUUCAAUAAUUUUGAGAAGAAACAUUUUCUUCUGUGCAAAUAUUGUUUGUCGAACUUAAUUCAAUUAAUUCAAUUAAUCAUGGAUCUACUUUGUUGCGAACGAUCAACCGAAACCGAGUGCAGGGCUUAUGCCGAUCCAGCUUUGAUUCAAGAUGAUCGAGUUUUACAGAAUCUUUUGAAGACGGAAGAAAUUUAUGUACCUAACAGAUCAUAUUUUGAGUGCGUACAGAAAGAAAUCUCACCACAUAUGCGCAAAGUUGUUGCAGAAUGGAUGUUAGAGGUAUGCGAGGAGCAAAAGUGCCAAGAGGAAGUAUUCCCCCUAUCGAUGAACUACGUCGACAGGUUCCUUUCGGUCUGCACGAUCAGGAAGUCGCAGCUGCAGUUGUUAGGAACUGCAUGCUUACUACUUGCAUCGAAGUUAAGAGAAUCAUCGCCGUUAAAAGCCGAACUUCUCGUUUUCUACACAGACAACUCCAUCACUCUCGAUGAUCUUUGGAGGUGGGAACAGCUAGUGGUUUCAAAAUUAAAGUGGGAACUAUCAGCAGUGACGCCUAGUGACUUUCUGGUACACAUUCUUACCAGAUUACGUCUACCAUAUAAAUGGGAUAGCGUGAUGGUCAUGAGGCAUGCACAAACCUUCAUAUCCUUAAGUGCGAGAGAAUACAAGUUUUUGACGUAUACGCCUAGCAUGGUAGCAGCUGCAAGUAUCGCAGCAGCACUUCAGGGACUUGACUGGACCAAAAAGAGCGGUUUUGGAAUUUCUGUUCUUCUCGAACACUUAACUAGCAUCACAACUAUCGAACAGGCAAAUGAGUGUGUCGAUGAUGAUGAUGAUGGUAAAGAGAGUAACAGCAGCAGCAGUAGCAGCAGGUGCCAGGCACAUGUGCACGCAAAAAAAAGGUCGGCAAGAUGGGACGAUAGAGCGGAAAAGCUUGAUUAUCUACGAGCUUGUUUAGAACAAAUAGAAGAGAUGGUUGCAAAAGCACAAAAAGAGGGUGGUAGCACAACAAACGAUGACAAAAAUGUUACUCGUACUGAAGAAACUGUUAAAACAAUUGAACAGGAAGUUGUUAACAAUGUUUCUAUCGAACAAGAAGAAGAAGAAGAAGAAGAAGAAAUGGAAGAAGAAGAACAACAGCAACAACAACUACAACUACAAGAACAAUUGCAACAACAGCAAGAACAAUUACAACAGCAACAACAAUUGCAACAACAGCAACAACAACAACAGCAGCAGCAACAACAAAGGCAAUUGGAGGAACAGGAAGAAACAGCGGAGGAAAAAUUGAAAGAACAUGAGAAGGCAGGUACACCAACCGACGUCAGAGAUGUUCAUUUCUGAACCCAAGAAAACGAAGCUAUGAAAACGAUGACAACGCAUCAACACCAUUUGCAGCAACUAUAAUAAUAAUAAUAAUAACAACACAACAAUACAAUUAUAACAAUAAUUGUCAUCAAUGAAAAUAUGAAUCAACGACGACGUUGUGUUAUGAUUGGAUGAAGAACAAAAAAGAAAAAUACUAGAAAAAUUGUUCCAAGUUUUAAGAAAGAACAAAAGAAAAAGAUCUUUAAAGAAGAAAAUGAUGGAAAAAUUGAUAUAAGAAAAAAAAAACAAUUAACAAUAUUCGUCGUUGAACUUCGUCAUCAUCCACCAUCUUUUCUUUCGUUUAAAACGUUGAGCGCCACGUCAGCCAUCUAAUGUCAAUCACUGACACUAGACUUUCCGUUUAGGCCGCGUCAGUCAUAAAUGACUGACACUUCGACUAUUUCUCCAAUCAAUGUAACGCCUGUGGCCUGACGGGAGUUUCUCUAAAAAUUCGUGUGGCACUCAACAAAUUAAAAGAAAAGGAGAGAAAGAGAUAACUAGAUAAAGUUAAAUAGAUAAAAAGAGACAAGAGGAAAUACGCCAUCACGAAACUUCGUAAUUUUGUAAUAUUUUUUUUUUGUUUUUUUUUUUUUUUAACACUAAGGAGUGGGCGUGCUGCGGGGGGAAGGCAAUGCAAUACGCUUUAUGCAUCUAUUAUUAUUAUUAUUAUUAUUAUUAUUAUUAUUAAUAUUAUUAUUAUUAUUAAUAUUAUUCAAUAUUAUU